GCGCUGGUGGAACGGAGGUCUUCAACCCAAAGUGCCCAGCCUUCCAGAAUUUCAUGAGCAAGGCUUUGUGGGGGUUGCACGCGGACCACGCCAAGCUGUGGAACCCAGACGCGACGAGAGCGAUCGCCCACAGGUGCGACCAGCUCGGGCUCAUGCGCACGUCCGAGCCAGUGCUCCGCGACAUGUGCGCGAUCUACCUCUGCGCCCGCACCCCGCCUGACCAGUUGCCAGAGCCAGACGGCCCCACGGCCCUGGAGCGCAAAAUGGAGCUGAACACGCAGAUCGUCAUGCUUCGAGGUCGGUGGCGCAGGCCUCACCACGACGUCGUGGAUGUGUUCCCGAACACGCCUGCCGAGCUUCACGCCAGGUUCCCAAACGUGUACCAGGCGGCCUUCUCGGCGGACCAUCCUGAGUUCCCAUGCCCCUUGGACGUGGUGAAGCUCAACGCGAUCAAGAGCUACCUGCCGCGCAGGAGGUCGCACGGCACGUGCAGGCCGCCGCUGACGAGGCAGUCCGUGCGCAGGUCGGGGUCAGCGCUCGGCCUUCGCGCGCAGCAGGCCAUCGAGUACGACGGCCCCACGGAUCGGCCGUGGCAGGAGCCGAGGGCCGCGAUCCAGGGCAACACGUACUACGCCUACGCGAACCAGCACCUGGCCGCGCCGCCCGCGAGCGCCCCGCCCGCAGGUGCGCAGCAGCUCGCUCUCACGGACGCCGCCGUCGACGAGGAGGCGGCCGAGGCCGUGAGCGUGACAGGACGAUUGGCCUCCGCCGCCCUCUCCUGA